AUGCCACGCGGGACGCCCGACUGGGUUGACCAUCUUAAGGGUGACACUAUUCCCCGGGCCUCCAGGGCCGGAAAUGACUACUGGCGGGGAACGAACUCUGUUCCACGGCGCUACAACAGCGGCGAGUAUGGCGGCGGUGGGGCCGGAUACGUCGGCGGCGGCGGUGGGUAUGGCACGUGGGGCGGCCACAAGUCCACCAGCUACGAUUAUACAGACGCUGCUGGUCUCCAAAACAACAGCUCAACGCAUUCCUUGAAUUCCGCAAAGUCGUCGCGCGCGAGGAAGGCACGCACGUGCGGGCUUAUCAUACUGCUGAUAUUGGGGGCGCUGCUGUUAGCGUUCGGAAUUGGGCUACUCGUGUACUACCUUUUACACGCAUACACGUCAACUGCCCCUACCGACGUCACGUUACACAACGUGCCGUAUCAUCACAACAUGGCGAACAUGUCGUCGAAGGAGUUCUUGAACGUAGCCAACCCCUUCUGUGAACAGAUGGACAGGUACUUUAAAUCAAGUACCAAAUAUAAUGAGGCUUACCUUGGGUGCAAAGUAACAAGGAUGAAACCAACCAAGGAACCCAUUGUGUGCGAAUGUGCAGGCAUUUAUAAUAAAACAGGGCUAAAGGAAUACAUAGCAGAAGGGGCGGUGAAGCUAAAUUUCGACCUGCAGUUUCGUGGUGAACACAAGGGCCUAUCCUUCGACAUCCCAGCCAUCCUGAAGGCCAACACCAUAAGGACAGAUGGAGCAGGUUACCAGGCCUUGUUCCUUGACAAGAUUCUUGUGGGAAUGGAGCCGAAAAACACUGGAAUACUCACCCCCAUUCCUGAGAAACCAGUUGGUGUUGUAGCAAACUUGACGGUGUGGGUGUACAACCUCUCCUACUCGGGGAUCCUCAGGGACCGCAACUCUAGGGCUUUCCUGGACCUCGCAAACCCAUUCUGUGACGACAUUGAGCGAAUCAUUCUUGAAAGCUACCUCCGAGAUCGAUAUGACAGCUGUGAGGUGUUUGGUUUCGGUGCGAGGCCCGAUGUUGCCAUAGCCCAUGUUCGGUUUUCUGGAGACUCGACAGAGGAACUCCAACUCUAUCUCGCGAGACUCAUUAUGGAUCGUGCACGAAAUGUCACAGUGGAGGGUCGGCGUCGCAAGAUGCUUGGCACGCUUCUGAUCACCCCCGCAGACGGGGAUGGCAAGAUAACCGUGCUGCCGAUACCCGUGAACCCGAACAUAAUGCCAACACCGACGACACCUUCUGGCUCUGCCCCCUACAUUGACAUGAUGCUGUACGCGUACAACCUCACAUACCAGCCAGCCCUGGGGGACAGGCGUACGGUCCUCUAUCAGGACUAUGCACAGAGGUUCUGCAAAGAUGUUAGUGACCCCUUCAUCCAUCAGCCGGAAGUUCUCAAGAACAUCAUCAUGAUCCAUGCGCCCGAGUUCCUCUUCCCCAACGACCCGGACGGACCCCUUAAGACGUACCUCGUCGGCGACAUCCUAGUGAUCCUUGCUGAUGGGGAGUUUGUUGUGACAUACACGCCGUACCAGACCCCCACUGCGUCCCUGUACCCUUCCACCGACUCACGGUCCCAGAUGUCGUUUGCCACAGUGUUCACUUCCUACAGCUUCAUACCUCCCACCGCAGGCUUUGGAACCAGCUCCUUGACCGUCAUUGUGUACAACUCUACAAAUGCGUUUGUUCAGGCACAGCUGUAUGGCUUCACGUACACAACUGACCUGGAUGACAAGACGUCACCAUACUUCCUGAGGCUGCAGUCACGCUUCUGUGCAGACAUUGACAGAUUCUUCAAGAACAGUCACAUGCGACAGAUUUACCUCGACUGCAAGAUUGAACAGUUUCGCCCAGCCCAUGAUGGUCCCCACAACGGCCUUUCGUUCCGUCUGACCUAUGCGGCGCCUCUAGGGGAGUAUCUUACGAGCAACAUCACGGAGAUCAUCGCAAACUCAGCACCUCAUGAAAAACUGGGCAACUAUGAGGUCCUGGACGUUGGAGAUCUGAGACUGAUCUGGAACCAGGCCGGACUGACAGUUUCGGUGACAAACUUCACAGGGACCGCAACUCCUGUCAUCAGCCCAUCCAGAACCAUUGAUAUCAGCAGCACUGUGGGACCCACUGUGUACUCUGCCACAUUGGCUGACAUCACUUGCCAAAUGUACAACAAGACCUUCAACUUCAACAUUGAUGAUAGGAAUGGAAAUGGAUUCGUUCAGCAACAAGGGAAAUUCUGCGAAGAUGUUGCUGCAUACUACAAGCUUGGCAAGCUGGGACCGACUUACUACGACGUCUGCUACAUCGUCAAGUACCGUAUGAGUCCAGUCGGCAUCAACUUCCGCGUGAUAUUCGGCGAGCUUCUCACAGACACGCUGAAGGCGGCGGUGGUAGAGGAAUUGGAGCGCCAUGCGCCGCAUCACACCAUCCAGGGCACCGAUAUGUUUGAGGUUGGUGACCUGAUGCUGCUCAGCGGAAGUUGCAACGUGGCUCUACAACCUGUCAACUAUACGCGAGACAUGUCGACAUUUAGACCCACACCGACCGAUGGGACACCGUCCACUUCUCUGACCUACAAGCCGUGUCUGACACGACCCUGUGCUAAUGGAGGCAUCUGCUUGGAUGUCAGUGGCGGAUAUAUCUGUCAGUGCCCAGCUGGAUGGACUGGACCCAAUUGUGACAUAGAUAUUGAUGAAUGCACGGUUCCCCGCUGUAAGAACGGUGGUGUGUGCGAGAACCGGCCAGGCAACUUCUAUUGCAGGUGUCCUACAGGAUGGACUGGGGUCCACUGUGAGAUAGAUAUCAACGAGUGCUCCAUUCGCAACCCGUGCCUGUACAACGGUGUGUGCCAGAACACCAAUGGAGACUUCUUCUGUAUCUGCCCACAGGGGCGCACCGGCAAGAUCUGUGAGGAGAGUAAGUACUAUUGCAGGGAGAUCUGUGAGGAGAACGUAUACGAGUGCCAGGAGAAAGGGAUCUGCCUGAACAACGGUACCUGUGUGGACACACCUGCAGCCUACUACUGCCUCUGUGAGAACGGAUGGACGGGCGAGAACUGCGAAAUAGAUAUCAAUGAAUGUCAAUUCAACCCGUGCCAGCACGAGGGCACCUGCUUCAACACAAUGGGCUCCUUCAUGUGCUCAUGUCCACCACAAUGGAGGGGCACAUACUGCGAGAAAGACGUAAACGAAUGCCAGGAGACACCAGAUAUCUGUCUAAAUGGUGCAGCGUGCUUCAACCUGGUGGGCGGCUACAUUUGCAGGUGCCUGGCUGGAUGGACUGGAACCAACUGUGAAACGGAUAUUCGUGAAUGUGAAACCAACCCAUGUCAGAACGAAGGGCGCUGCGUGGAGAAGCCAGGAUCAUACGAGUGUAUCUGUCCCCAAGGAUUUUCUGGACUGAAAUGCGAGAAAGACAUUGAUGAGUGCCAGGUGUUCAGCCCCUGCAAGAACGGAGCCACCUGCAUCAACAGGAUGGGAGACUACAGGUGCCUGUGUCCCAAAGGAUGGACUGGUGCAAACUGCUCAAUCGACAUUGAAGAGUGUGCAGCCAGACCGUGUAUGAACGGGGCCACAUGUGAGGAGUUACUGGGAUCCUAUAGAUGCAAAUGUCCCCUAGGGUUCACUGGGGCCACAUGUGAAAUAGACAACAAUGAGUGUGAUCGUUUCCCAUGUGGCAAUGGAGCCACGUGCAUCAACACUCUUGGAUCCUACUACUGUAACUGCCCUGCAGGAUUCUCAGGCAUUGACUGCAGGACAGAUAUUGAUGAGUGUGACUCUAAGGGGGGGCUGCCCAACCCAUGUCAGAAUGAGGGCUCGUGCAUGAACUCCUAUGGGCUGUACUACUGCGUGUGUCCCGCGGGAUGGACCGGCAUCAAUUGCACAACUGAUAUCAAUGAGUGUAGCUUUAAGCCGUGCGCUAAUGGCGGUACCUGUAUUAACAUCCCUGGCAACUAUUACUGCACAUGUCCUCCAGGGUUCACUGGCUCUGAUUGUGGGAGAGAUAUCAAUGAGUGUGUGGACUUCAGCCCAUGCCUCAAUGACGGCACUUGUGUGAACACAGUGGGUGGCUUCUUCUGUCGCUGUCUGAACGGCUGGUCUGGAGACAACUGUGGAACUUUUGUUGACCUGUGCCUGUCAAUAACCUGUGACAAUGGGGGCAAGUGCCUGGGUCUGCCUGAUAAGCCGUGUGAUUGCCCGCCAGGAUGGACUGGGCCCUACUGUAGAAAUGAUGUGAACGAAUGUGUAACCGGGGUGCCAUGUCAGAAUGGAGGCUCAUGCAGCAACACCAACGGGGGCUACCUUUGCACAUGUCCACCUGGAUGGAAGGGAGAAAACUGCUCCAUCAAGAGCAAUGUGUGCGCGCUGAAUCCAUGUUUCAACAAUGCCACAUGUGUAGAUGGUAGCGACGGUAACUACGUGUGUAAGUGCCCGAACCAGUGGAUGGGUCCUACAUGCAAAGAAGACAAGAAUGAGUGUCAGACAAUUACCGGAGCCUGUCUCUAUAGCGGCCAGUGUAUCAACACUAUUGGUGGCUACAACUGCAUAUGUCCGGAGGGGAGAACAGGCCCCAUGUGUGAAAAAGAUGUGGACGAAUGUGCCAAUGCUGUGUUAAACCCCUGUGCCAAUGGUGCAUCCUGCGCCAACACCGAUGGUUCUUACAAGUGCUUCUGUGCGCCCGGCUGGACUGGACCUGGUUGUACAGAAGAUGAGAACGAAUGUGACAAGAAUGUAUGCACUAACGGAGGACGUUGUGUCAACUUGAUUGGCUCCUACACAUGCUACUGUCCACCGAACUGGUCUGGACCUAACUGCAGAACAAAUAUAGAUGAGUGUACCGUCUACAGUCCAUGUAAGAACGGCGGCAGCUGCAUAGACUCCCCUGGAUCCUACACCUGCAGAUGUGUCACUGGAUGGACUGGAACCAACUGUACCAUUGAUUACAAUGAGUGUGUGGGUAUCAGUGACCCGUGUCAGAAUGGAGGGACCUGCGAGAAUAAGGACGGCUCUUACAGCUGUAUAUGUAAGCCAGGCUGGACCGGCCAGUAUUGUACCACAGACAAUAACGAAUGUGAAAAGCCAGGGGCGUGUCAGUUUGGAGGCACUUGUGUGAACUUCCCAGGCGGUUUCCGGUGUGAUUGUCCCGCUGGAAGAACCGGACAAAACUGUGAAACAGACGUCAACGAGUGUGACUUCAACCGAUGUGUCAACAACGCCACCUGUGAGAACACAGCCGGAUCAUUCAUCUGUCAAUGUCUAAAGGGCUUUGAUGGACCACUGUGUGAACGAAACAUCAAUGAGUGUGAAGUGAUCAUGCCCUGUAAAAACGCAGCACGGUGUAUUGACAUCUAUGGCACUUACAGGUGUGAAUGCAAGACUGGAUGGAUGGGAAAAGACUGCGAUCAGGAUGUGAAUGAGUGUACAAUAGGCGAAGUACCUGGCGUGCCGUGCUUCAAUGGUGGCACAUGUACCAACACCAUAGGCUCCUACAUAUGCCAGUGUAAGGCAGGCUGGACUGGACUCAACUGUGAACUUGAUGUGAACGAGUGCCUCAUGGAGCCCUGUGCUAACGGUGGUGUGUGUGUGAACACGGAGGGGUCCUACCAGUGCCAGUGUAAACCCCAGUGGACUGGACCCAUGUGCCUCCAGGAUGUGGAUGAGUGUGUACUGUACGCCCCCUGCCAGCACGGCAGUCAGUGCAUCAACACUGCGGGAGGUUACGUCUGCAACUGUCCUUCUGAAUGGAAGGGAGACAACUGCCACCUUGACAUUGACGAGUGUAUCACAAACAACCCGUGUAUGAAUGAUGGCCAGUGUAUCAAUGUACGAGGGGGCUACCAGUGUCUGUGUCCCCCACAAUGGACCGGCAAGACAUGCAGUGAUGACUUCAAUGAAUGCAACCUGACCAACCCAUGUCUCCAUGGUGGCACAUGCACCAACACCAUCGGUGGUUUCCGUUGCUUCUGCCCCCAGGCUUGGACUGGAACAGUCUGUGAGAAAGAUGUGAACGAGUGUGACCAGACACCAUCAGUAUGUCAGAAUGGAGGUACCUGCUACAACUCCUAUGGUUCCUACGUAUGCAGGUGCCCCUUUGAGUGGAUUGGGCUGCAGUGUACUGAAGACAAGGAUGAAUGUGCGGAGCUGCGGCCGUGUAAUAACGGUGGUACCUGCACCAAUCAGCCUGGAGGCUAUACCUGCCAGUGUCCCCUCGGAUGGUCCGGCAAGAACUGUAAUACAGACAUCAAUGAGUGUGAAUUCUCCCCAUGUUUCAAUGGGGGUAUCUGUUUCAACAGUCUGGGCUCCUUCACAUGCGAGUGCAAGCCAGGCUGGCAUGGACCUGUGUGUAGAAAUGAUACAAACGAGUGCCUUGUGAAUACACAGAUCUGUGAGCAUGGCGGCAUUUGCAUGAACCUGCAGGGCAGCUACCAGUGCAACUGCACCAAGGGUUGGGGAGGCCAACACUGCGAGAAAGACGUUGAACCUUGUCUGCGUAUUGAGUGUCUACACGGUGGUUACUGCGCGGAGACGGCAAACAACUCCGGGGUGUAUACUUGCAAGUGCCCUGAUGCAUGGACAGGCGACAAGUGCCAAUACGACGUAAAUGAGUGUGUUCAGUACCGGCCAUGCAAGAACCAAGCUCGCUGUGUAAACCUAGAGGGUUCCUUCGAAUGUAUUUGUCCCGCCGGCCUUGAGGGUGUAACGUGCGAAAUAGACAAGAACGAAUGCCUUGACUUCCCCUGCAAGAACAACGGCACAUGCACCAACACCUUUGGCUCCUUCUACUGCACCUGUGACCCCGGCUGGACUGGGAACCUGUGCACCACAGACCAGCCAGAGUGCACAAUGAUGCGAGAACCGUGCACUGGUCAUGGAGUGUGUAUUGAACUACAAGGAUCGUACAAAUGUAACUGUACAAAUGGAUGGAGAGGUGACAUCUGCGACAUUGAUGUUCCCGAGUGUCUUACAGUGACUUGUAAGAACAAUGGCACGUGCAUGGAGUUGCCAGGCUCCUUUGAGUGCAAGUGCCCCAAGGGGUGGACUGGAAAAUAUUGCGAGAAUGACGUCAAUCUGUGUCUGGCUAUAGAAUGUCUGAACAACGCCACCUGUGUGAAUGUGGCUGGCACGUAUCGCUGUCAGUGUAUGGAUGGGUGGACGGGAGAAUUCUGUGGGAUUGAUGAAGACGAAUGCAAAAUCAAAAAUCCAUGUCUCAAUUCUGCUACGUGUGUGAACACUAUUGGUUCCUAUAGAUGUCUCUGUCCGGCAGGAUAUGAAGGCCCCCAAUGUGAACUGAAUAUUAAUGAAUGCCUAAGGAGCCCGUGUAGGAAUAAUGGAACCUGUGUGGACAAUCCUGGAAGUUAUGAGUGCAUCUGUGGAGACCAGUGGUCCGGAAAGAACUGUGACAACGACACUGACGAAUGCUCCAACAAUCCAUGCAGUCACGGGGCCACAUGCAGGAACACUGUGGGCGGGUUUGUGUGUGAGUGCGCGCCAGGCUGGACCGGUCCCCUGUGUAAGAUAGAUGAGAAUGAGUGCAGUCGGGGACCAUGCCUAAAUGGAGGUCGCUGUGAGAACACCAUUGGCUCCUUCCGGUGCGUGUGUGCGGAGGGAUGGACGGGCUCGAUCUGCGACAAAGACAUUAACGAGUGUCUGGUUGCCGAGAUAUGCAAGAAUGGAGGGACAUGCCAGAACCUGUUUGGCUCCUACCGAUGUAUCUGUCAGCCAGCGUGGACUGGUAUUGACUGCACUGCGGACGUGAAUGAGUGUGCGCGUGUUGAGUGUCUCCAUGGCGGCAGGUGUACCAACCUGAACGGCUCUUACAAGUGCGACUGUCCCGACAACUGGAGCGGCGAUAUUUGUCAGAUUGAUGUCAAUGAAUGCCUACAGGUAGACAUAUGCAGGAAUGGUGGAACAUGCCGCAACGUGAUAGGCUCCUUCAUCUGUGAGUGCCCCAUGGGUUGGCAUGGCGACACAUGCGAGCUGGAUAUCAACGAGUGCGACCGAAAACCGUGCUACAAUGGAGGUACCUGCGAGAAUACUGACGGCUCAUACAGUUGUGUCUGUCCCGCAGGCUGGACUGGCCCCACAUGCCUAAUUGAUAUCAACGAAUGUUUGACAACACCAUGUCUGAACGGUGCUACGUGUGAUAACACUCAGGGAUCCUACAGGUGUCGCUGUACUGUAGGCUACAAAGGCGUCAACUGUGGCGAAGAUGUGGACGAAUGUGUGCUGGGACCAUGUCUCUAUGGCGGUACAUGCAUCAACACGAUUGGUUUGUUCAGGUGCGAGUGCCCACCUGGCAGAACAGGGCUCGACUGUAGAAAUGACACCAACGAAUGCGAAAAUAACCCUUGUGCAAAUGGUGGCAUCUGUUUCAACACUGACGGCUCGUUCCGGUGUCAAUGCAACGAGUUCUGGGAGGGACCCACCUGCACGCAAGAUAAAGACGAGUGCCGCUUAGAAAUGCGCUGCAUGAACGGUGGAAAGUGCAACAAUCUGAUUGGAGGAUUUGAAUGUGUCGACUGCUUCGCUGGUUGGACUGGAGCCAUUUGUGAAAUAGACCUCAACGAGUGUAUGUCCAAUACCACUGAGGACGUGUGUCUCCAUGAGGGCCAGUGUAUCAACACCAAGGGCUCGUUUAUAUGCCAGUGCAUGAAUGGCUGGAGUGGCAAGAUAUGUGAAAUAGAUGUGAAUGAGUGUGAUCGGUUCCCGUGCCAGAAUGGAGCCACUUGCGAGAAUCUUCCUGGAACCUUCAAGUGUAUAUGUGCUGAGGGUUGGGAGGGAACCAACUGUCAGAUUGACAUCGACGAAUGCAGACUGUCUGCCCCUUGCCUCCAUAAUGGCAUCUGCUACAAUGGAGCAGGCACAUACUCCUGCCAGUGUGCUCGAGGCUGGACUGGAAAGAACUGUGAAAUCGAUGUGAACGAGUGUCUGCAGCAGCCUUGCCAGAAUGAGGCCACGUGUCUGAACACAGAGGGCUCCUACACGUGUCAGUGUGCACGUGGAUGGACAGGACCCACUUGCUCGAUGGACAUCAAUGAGUGCAUUGAUGUGCGCUGUGAGAAUGGGGGCACCUGCUUCAACACACCAGGCUCGUACAAGUGUAUAUGUACCCCUGGGUGGACCGGAGAGCUGUGCAACAUUGAUAUUGAUGAAUGCCUGACAGUGACAUGCUUGAACGGUGGCACGUGUAUAAAUGAGAUUGGCAAAUACAGGUGUGAGUGUGCACCUGGUUACACGGGAGACACGUGUGCUAUUGACGUGAACGAGUGCAUUGAGUUCCCAGGCAUCUGUCAGAACAAGGGCCAGUGUUACAACUCCAUAGGGAGCUACACCUGUCAGUGUGCCCCUGGCUGGACUGGCAAGAACUGCACUGAGGAUAUCAACGAGUGCCUCCAGAACCCGUGUCUUAACGGGGGCACCUGUUCUAACACACAGGGCUCUUACAAGUGCACGUGCCCCAAGGGAUGGACAGGCGCGAACUGUGAAUACGACAAUAAUGAAUGUGAGAUAAACCCUUGUCUGAACGGUGCCGUGUGCAUCAAUAAUGCAGGAUCCUACCAGUGCCAGUGUCCAGCGGGAUACACCGGCCUCAACUGCGAUAUUGAUAUAAACGAAUGCCUCACAAACAACCCGUGUCUAUUCGGCGGCACCUGCACCAAUACCAUGGGAUCAUACACCUGCCAGUGUAUCGAAGGUAGAACUGGGGCCAACUGUGAGAAAGACAUUGACGAGUGCCUGGAACUCGGCAUCUGUAAGAACGGAGGAACCUGUAUCAACACCCAGGGAUCCUUCCUGUGUAACUGCCCGCCAGAAUGGACCUGGAAAGUUUUGCGAAAUCGACUUCAUGUAUUAAUGUCCCUCACAGAUGUGAAUGAAUGUCUAACGGGCCUGUCUCGGUGUGAGAACGGCGGUACAUGCGUGAACGAGAUUGGCGGCUACAAGUGCCUGUGUCCCCCGGGAUUUACUGGACCCUUCUGUUCAGCUGAUUACACUGGACGCCUAUGCGAGAUUGGUAUCUUUACGGCCUCCAAGCUGUCUUUCCCAACACUGAAUCUCACCUACGCCCCAGACCUUGCCUCCAAUACAUCCCUCAAGUUCCAGAGACAUGCUUCACUCUUCUGUAAAGAUAUAAAUCAGUUGAUGGCCACCCACAGAUCUCGUUUCCCUGACUACCAAGACUGUGUAAUCAACUCUUUCAAGGACAACCCGACGCGCAUGGAGUGGGAGCUGAAAUUCAAGGGCAAAGUUCCAGCCGGUACGGAGGAGAACGCCAAGGCCCUGAUAAUGGAGUCAUUCCCACGCCAGAUCUAUGGCGACUACCUGGGCAUUGUGAUAGGGGACAUACUCUUCUAUCUGGAUGACUACAAGUCCACGAAAAUAACGCUGGAUAAACAGCUGCUCAACUUCACGUCAUUGCCUGCGUUCCAAAAUAAUAGAAGCUUGGAGUAUCAGACGGCUGAAGAACUUCUGUGCGCUGAUGUCGAUAGAAUUAUAAAGAACCACCCAGAUAAAUUCCAGAACUACGUUGACUGUAAACUGAAAUUCUUUACCAACGGCACUGAACCUCACGUGAACUACGAGAUUACAUUCGAGGGCGAGAAGAACCCAGCACAACUUCUCGAGGAAUACAACAACAUUUUGCUUAAGGAGCUGCCCAAGGAACGCUAUGACCGUUGGCUUGGUUACCGACUCGGAGACCUGCUCAUCUACUACCAGAACUUCACGGACUUUACAGAAGUUCCGCUGAAGUUCCGAGUCCUCAAUCUGACAUGGACGGAGGAUCUGGCGUCUUCCAACUCACCAAAAUUCAGACUGCAUGCUGAGCGGUUCUGCUCUGACAUCAACCGAUUGUUGCGCGCAAGACCCGAUUUAUUCACUCAAUACGAUAAAUGCAAGGUUGUACAGUUUGGUAAGAGCCCAGUCAGCAUCGAGAUCCUGCUGGAGUUCAGCGGUCGGGUUUCCAUACCGGCCAUGCAGCAAUUGGCGGCCACGGUGAUUUUCGAAGACACGCCUAGAUACCGUUAUAACCAAGUCGUUGGUCAUCUUAUUGGAGAUCUGCUGGUCUAUUAUGCCGAUCUGCUGCUGUACCACUAUAAUAUUCCGUUCGACGCCUGGUUGUACAACAGCACUCAGAAGAUGUACGGCUAUCCUUGGCGUGAUGAGGAGAGACUGUGGGACAGUAACUCACCGAAAUUCAAGGAAAUUGAAGCUGCUUUCUGUAACGAGAUGGACAGAGUGUUCAAAGCUGCCCCUAUCGCUGGCAAUCCCAACAAGGAACGCUAUUACCGCUGCUUCAUUGACAAUUUCCAGCGUAACUUCGACCCAGAGGCACCCGUGUCGUUCACAUACUCGCUUGUGUUUAACGGCACCGAGCCGCUGAUUAAGCAAGAAAUAGACGACAUGAUCACCGCCAACAUCGAGGUGUACGACAUUGGCUCCAGCAAGUGGUUCCUCAUCGGCCAACAGUGGCUCAUCAACGAGCAGAAGUGGGACGAGAUCAAGAUCAACAUCUCAGACUACCUGAUCAACCUGAUUGCCACGACGCCGACACCUGAUAUCAAAAAUCACGAGGAGCCAUUCACGUUCCGCCUUAUGAACUUCACAAUGACGUCCGCGUUAGCAGAUACCUCAUCCGCCCAAUUCCAGUCGUUAGCGUCGAGGUUCUGUACCUACCUUGACGGUCAAUACAAAAAUCGUGCAGAGCUUGAGUACCUUAAUUGUGGAGUCAAACGAUUUUACACGGAACCUGGACGUGGAACCCAGCACGUGGACUUCAUCCUUACCUUCCGCGGUGACAAAGCCAACGACCCCGCGCUGCGAAACAAGAUUAUCGACAUUAUUAUUGAGAACGCUCACCGCGAGGCGAUCAACAAUAGGAUAGCCCUCGUGGUUGGGCCACUAUUCGUGGCCGAAGACUCGCUACAGGCAGAUGCGGUGGUCAGCGGAUCAACCACGUCGCCAUUAGCCAACCCAUGCGCUCCGGACAAGUCCGGCGUUACCCUUCCUGACCCCAAUGACAAAGCGAGCUACUUCAUCUGCUACCAGGGAUCCGGUAUCGGUUCCAAGUGCAGCUCGCCAAAGGUGUUCGAUGCGAGUAAGAGCGUGUGCGUCAACCCGUAGUCAUGGAAAUGAUCGAAUGACCUGGGUGUAUUAGAGACGACAAAGUGAAAGCAAAUAAAAUGAUUACUGAAGAAAGACAUUACAUUGCAGUGAAUACAAUACAGAACUGCCUUAAUGCUUUGAAAAGUACUGUGUACUAGUUUUUAUAAAAAAAGACGAAUAUAUUUUUGACGUUUUAUGUUUUUUCAAUGAUUUCACAUUCAAGGAUUUAUGUCAAAAUCUUAAUAUUGUCUGUGUACAUAUGUUUCGUUUACUUAUUGACCUAUAAAUAUAUAAAUUAAUUGAUGAUUUUUAUGUUUGAUUUACCAAUAUUUGAUGUUAUGAAGUGUAAUUUAAUAAAAUUGACAGCAAUACCUAGUAAUUAUUUAUGAAACAUUCAAAGAAUAAGUUUGUUCAAUUGAACAUCAUAUAAUUUGAUAGCCGAGUACGCAUGAAAGAGGUACGCUAUAUUAAAAUCCCAUGCACAACGAACUUGUAAGAGAAUAUACUGAUGUCAGGGUCCGUAUUUACCGACCCAUUGUUAGGAUAAAGAAUAACUAGUAUAAUUAGAGCUAAUAAAAAUACGUCCUACGUUUGAAUAUGAACAGGCUUCAACUGAUGAUUAUGUCAGUAACAAAAUGUUCUUAAUGAUGUAGAUAGAAAUGAUCAAUGCCAAAUUUGACUCAAAAUUAAGGUUAUUCUAGAAAAUUCCAAAUUUGAGAAAACUCGUUAUUCUUAGACUUCAGUUUUAGAACUGUUCGGUUAAUACAGUCAUGUUGUCCGUCGUCGUCCGGACGUCGCAUUUCUUGUUAGUGGCAUACAUAAAAAAUGAUAAUAGGUAUCAACUAGACACGUUAUGGGUAUGCAGGUUCCAUAAGGGGGCAGUGCUGUGCGCAAUGACCGCAAUUCUUUCUCCGCUAUUUAAAAAAAAAUGUUUGCCUUUUGUUAAUUUGUGUACUUAUCCUUUUUCCAGAGAAUAUCUCAAAACUAUUAUGUAUAUCAUCUUGAGACUUCACUGGUAGGUAGAUAUUAUGUUAGGGAUGUGUAGUUCAGAUUAAACAUAAAUAUUGCUGAUCUAUAUUUAAAGUUAUUGCCCUUAUGCUAAUUUGUGUACUACAAUUGCUCUGCAGCAUAUCACGAAACUAUUAGACAUAUUAACUUGAAACUUGAUGCAUAGAUAUAUCUUAUUGGGGAUUGCUGUAAAAGUAUACCGUGAUUUUUUCUCCCAUAUUCUUGGGUUUAAGCCAAGGGUUCAUUUUAG